UGCAUGCAGCAGCAGGUUUAUGUUGUUCUCACCACAACAAGAUAGAGAUCGGUCAAAGUCCUAACCAGACUGCAUGUGAGGUGUCCAGAGAAAAAGAAAAGUUGCUCUUUAGAUUGUUGUUUUAUUUAUGUAAUUAUUGAGCUCUUCCUGAGACGCUGUUUUGUGGAAAGGGAUGAAAACUCGCAUCAAUUGAAGUUCUCCAAACCAAGAGCGCUCGAGGUUAAGUGAUCCGUGACUGAGGGGGAACAACAGGAGGAUUUCCCUGUUAUCAAUGAGGAACUCGGCUCUAAUAGGAAAGGUCCAUCUCUCCCGGCUUCCCACACAACCCUAGCUGGAGUUUUGUAACUCUGCACAUCUGACCCCUUCAACCAUCGGCCACAGGAUCCCAGUGUGGUGGUAACCCUCAGCUGAAAUAGGGCCUUUGCAGGGUUGUGGCAGCACGCUGCAGCCAGGACCUGUCACAUUACUCUCAGCUCCACUGUGGGACAAGAGCACCUGAAAACAGGCUGUGAGGGAGAGUAACAGAGCAAGAGUGAGACUAGACCAAACAGGGAAGCAAGGACUCCUCUGCAGCAGCAACAGAGACCAACUUGAGGCUUAGGAGACACUUUUCUCUCUUUAGUCAAGGGGAUCGCAGCUGUGCAUCACCAGAUAUCGUGCUUUCAAAGUACUCCAGCAUCCUUUUUAAGAUUUUGGACCUGUUUAAAAGAGAGACAGCACAAUGGAUAAGGAUGCUCUACUGGACUAUGAGUACCCAGACCUGGAUCCUUUGCCAACCAAAAUUGAAGCCGAAAUAAUCCCUCCAUGUGACCCUACUGCUGAUGACAAGCUCUACCACAUAUGCAUCACUGCAAUAUCCCUUGUUGUCAUGCUGAUCCUAGCAAUCUUAGCCAGACGCAAUAAGGUGGGCGACAGACAGAAAGGACUCCCAGGUUUACUCAGUCCGGUCAACUUCCUGGACCAUACGCAGCACAAGGGUCUUGCAGUAGCUGUGUUUGGAGUGCUCCUGUGCAAACUGUGGGGCCUGAUCAUAUCGCCAAACCCCCUCCCCUUCACAACAGACACAGAGAACAAACAGAACUGGGUGAUUCUUGGAGUUUUCUACUACCCCGCACUAUACUACCCUCUCCUGGCAUGUGGUACUUUACACAAUAAAGUUGGCUAUGUACUUGGUAGCCUCUUGUCAUGGACGCACUUUGGUGUUCUGGUCUGGCAGAAAAUCGACUGUCCCAAAACACCUCUGAUACACAAACACUUCUCCCUUUUCUCCAGCCUGCCCCAGAUAGCUUGCUUGGCAUUCCUUAGUUUCCAGUAUCCCCUUUUUGUUUUCAAGGGCUUCCAGGGCACUGAAAAGAACAACGUUACAGAGGAUCUCAGCAGCAGCUACUAUAAAGACUACGUGAAGAAAAUUCUCAAGAAGAAGCCCACCAAAAUCAGCACAUCGAGCACAGAGACACCGAAGCUCCCUCAAAGAAUAAUUGAUGCUGUGAAGUCGUACAUUUAUACACCAGAGGAAGCUUUCCGUUUUCCACUGAAGUUGGCUAUAUCUGGCGUGGUGUCAUUUAUCACCCUGUAUCAGGUGGGUCUUCUGCUGAUCUCGGCAGUGGUGCCACCGCUCCAGACUGCCCGUUCAGGAGUCGAUGAAGACAUCGCCAACGUUUUAGCUGGCUUCAAGAUUAUGCUGUCUCCAGACAAACGUGAAGUUGUCAGAAUAGUGGUUUAUUACAUGUGGUGCGUAGAAGUGUGCUUUAUCUCAGCCUUGACCCUGUCCGGCUUAGUCAACCUGGCCAUGCUCAUGCGGUCCAUGGUCCUGCAUCGGUCAAACCUGAAGGGCCUCUACAGAGGAGAUGUCUAUAAUGUUUACAACUGCCAGAGAAGCAUCAGGGCUUCGCGGCCAGCGCUGGUCUGCUGGAUGGGAUACACCAGCUUCACUGCAGCUCACGUUUUCCUCGGCAUGAUCGUCCAGACCAUGGUGUUCUUCCUCUGCCUUCUGGUCGCCGUCUUCCUCAUUAUCAUACCUGUGCUGCACGGACAGAAUCUGAUUCUCUUUCAGAUUCUGUUGAGCAUGUGGCCCUUCUGGCUGAUGAUUCUCUUGGCUGUGUUGAUUCAACAUAUCACCGGCAGGUUUUGCUUCAUCAAAAAAACAGCAGGCACACGAGACCUAGACAACAGGGGUAAUCUGUUCCUGCUGACGUACCUACUGUUUCCAGUCAAUGUGAUGAUUGGGGUGCUACUGGCAGUGUGGCGCAUGAUCAUCACAGCCCUGUUCAACAUUGUCCACAUGGGACGCAUGGAUAUCAGUCUUCUUAACCGCAAUGUGGAGGCAUUUGACCCAGCCUACCGCUGCUACGCUCAUUAUCUGAAGAUUGAGGUGAGCCAGUCACACCCUGUGAUGAAGGCCUUCUGCGGGAUCCUGCUGCAGUCCAUAAGCCAGGAGAGCAAUGCUGCACAGAGGUCACGGGAUGCUGAAGAAGGGAUACAGUUGGUCCAUCAGGAGAAGAAACGGCUCAAAGUGUCCAGUGCAAAGAGGGCCCGCAGGCACUGGCGGCUCCUCUACACCCUGGUCAACAACCCCUCCCUGGUGGGCACCAGGAAGCACUUCCAGCGUCCGACCACAGAGAGCUUUCUGAAUGGAAGCCUCAACCGCAGCGCCAAGGAGGGGAGCAAAAAGGAGGCAGAGGCCACCGCCAGCAACUAAACAUGAAUGUGACCCUGAGGAAGGAUUGGUACCAAAUCUCUUUUGGUUUUUGGGCAAAUUCUACACUCCAUAUUAUUUGCCCACACUUACUGAAAUAAGUGCACUUACAUAGAUAGAUGUUCAUAUGUGAUGACCACAGUCUCCAGUCUGAUGGGAAAGCUUGUGUGGCACUGAUUUCCCAUCUGAACACACUCAUUAUGUGUCAUUUUAAACGUGUUUAUGUGCUUAUUUUGGGGUAGCACUCGUUUGCUUUAUGUUUCUACUCGUAGGUUAAUCACGUGUUGUUAUUAUCAUAUACUGCAGAUAAUGCAAACUUGUAGUCGCCCAAACUAAACACAUGGACAUGCAUUCCACUGAAGCAUCUCGUGUAAAGAAGGUAUUAAUAUGUAGAAUGUUUCACUAUUUAUGAAUUUACAUAAUGAGCUGUUUUCAUAGACGGGGUAAUAAAUUCCUUUUUUCAAUUGUACACAUUUUGUGUAGUUAACAAUAACCUGUGGAAUAGGAACUAUCUGACAAAUGAAACUGUUUGUUGUUUCUGUUUUAUUUGUAGAUAUUUAAAUCCAAAACCACUUGCUGCUACCAGCGUUUUCUUCUUCUUGUUGUCUGUUCUGUUUCUGAUGUUCACCAACCUUACAUCGUUGUUCUCUGCAUUUUAAAUGUAAAAUGCCGACUUUAAGUGAAAACACCCGAAUGUUCUUUCUGAUUACUGUGAAAUUAAAACUGAAACACAA